AUGAAGAGAUUCCAGGUCAAGCCAUGGGCGGGCUCUCUUGCUCUUUUGCUGCUGACUUGUGCUUGCAUGACAGCGCUGCUGCGGCCAUUGCUUGUGUCCAGGAAGAAUCGGGCCUUGAGGGCCAGUGAAAAUAAUGGCCGAGGAGCCAGUGUCUACAAGGGCAAUGUAACCGUGGAUUUCUACAGACUGUUUGAGGAGAAGCGUUGGCUGGGAAUCAUCCCAUACAAGGACUACACAAUGUCAAGAUCUCGAAUGGUGGGACAAAUAUUUUGGAUGAACUUUUGGUUUGAGGGUCGAGUCAACUUUAUCCUUGGAGAUGUCUACGAGAUUGAUGAUCCGUUCUACUAUGACAAUUCAGCAGACCUGACUUGUGGCAAUGCUCUUGGCAGAUUUUCCGACAGGUUUGGUGGCCAAGAUCAUAUCAGGAAUGUAGACCGAAUCAACGUAUUGGUGGUUCCCAAGUUGGGACAAGGUCCCAUGGGACCAAGUGCCAAUGCUUGUGCCAAUUUCGAUGUUCCCCUAGGAGGGAACUUCUUGGAGAAGGCACCGGCAUUUGCUCUCACCAGAGACAACACAUGGUUUUACUCGAUUGGGCCUCUUGGCAAGUUUGGUUUCCAGAACCUGUUUGGAUAUCUAGCAAGCCACGAAGCUGGCCAUAUAUUUGGGCUACAACACACAUCCAUGGAGGGCGAUGAUGCACCCCAGGGCAUUGGAUAUUCUGGUUGUGGAUUGAAUCUGAGAUACCCGCAGUUCACUAGUGAGCAAGUUCUGUCCGGUGAUUUCAAGUUUUGGGACGAGGUAUCAGGCGAACUCUACACCUACACGGAUUGGCAAGGCCAAUCCAACAUGAUGUCUUCCUUCAGAGGUACUAUAACACCGCUCUUGCAAUUGUGGAACACUGGGAUGUUUCGAUACAACUACGUGCCAAUCUUUGAUCAAAUUCUGGAAUGUUGGUUUUCCAGGUCCUAUGCCAGGAUUACUUCUGAUGCUCCAGAGAUGGGUGACACAAUUAUCAUAGAGGACAGGUAG